UAAAGGUGAUACUGAUGCGCCAUUUAUUGAGUCAACCGCAGUUAUACCAGUGUCUGGAGUAUUAGGUCGAGUUCCGAGACGAUUAGGGACAUUAAGUAAGGGGGGUGUAUUAUUUUUUUCAGCAAUUAUAGUGUUACCAGAAAUCGAGGGUUCUUGA